AUGCAGAUCAAGGCUUCUCUUUGCGUUUUCGCCUUAUUUUCUGGUGCCUUGGCCCAGACUCUGGCCCCUUCGCCCACCGAGUCUGUCGGUUGUGAGGCACACGGAGAUCACUGGCAUUGUGACGGCCCGAUAUCAACUACCCAGACUGGCACAGCUAGUACGGCUGCCGUGUCCGCGACUGCCACCUCCACGGAGGACCAUGACCACGACCAUGAUCACGACCAUGAUCACGAGACAGGCUCGGGUAGCCUUGCACCGAGCCCGACCGAGUCCAUAGGAUGCGAACCUCAUGGCAACCACUGGCAUUGUGAUGGCCCUGCUUCUGCGGCUACCACCACUGGAACUUUAGCUACUUCAGCAUCUGCUGUCACCUCAGCUUCCGGUUCUGCUUCGACCACCCCUGUGACCGCUGGUGCAUCGGGGGUUGCCAUCAGCGGCUUCGUUCUCGCCUCUGGAUUACUGCUUUCGAUUGCUAUUUGA